AUGGCAGACACAGAUCCCGGGCUCUUGGCCCAGGUCCUCGGACGUGUCUUCUACGAGUUCUCUACGGUGCAGCCAAUGCUACCCACGUACAUACACCUGAUCCUUUCCGCCCUCUUCCCCAUCUACACGGGCGCGCACGCCUCGCUCACACGACCUUCGACGGCCGCCAAGCCCAUCAGAAAGAGAAAGAGGGCGACGCAGGAUGAAGAUGAGGACAGUGACGAUGAGGAGGACGAGGACGAGCAGCGCGUCAUGGAAGGCCUGUCGCCUACAGAUGCCAUACUCAUGCCCCUCUUUGCGGGAGGCGCUCUUGCCUCGCUAUAUUUCCUUCUCAAGUGGAUGAAGGACCCUGCGCUACUGAAUAAGAUUCUUAACGCUUACUUUGCCAUCUUUGGCGUCUUUUCGGUAUCGCGACUCGUCACGGACAUGCUUGACAUCGGUCACUCGCUCAUCUUCCCGAACCGCUACGCCCUCGGAGGCGCCCUAUACCAUGUCAAUAGUCAACAAGGCAAGGCAGUACCGGUGGCAGGCAGCACCAAAGACAAGCAGCCUCGUGCAUCUCCUCUACCAGGCUUCUUGGCUGGCAUCCCCUUGUCUGAGCGGACACGGAACUGGCUCUGGGCAGAUCGAGCCAUGCCCGGGAAUAAGUGGACGUUAAAGGUCUACAUGCACCGCAUCUUCGCUGGAAAAUUCAAGGUCGGGCCUCAUGGUAUUGUAGGCGGUCUGAUCGGUCUUGUUACAGUCGCCUACUUUAAUCUGAUAGACAAGCCAUGGUAUCUGACGAACUUGCUGGGCUUUGGCUUCUCAUAUGGCGCUCUGCAGCUCAUGUCGCCCACUACGUUUGCUACCGGCAGUCUCAUACUCAGCGCUCUCUUCUUCUAUGACAUCUACUUUGUCUUUUUCACACCCAUGAUGGUAACCGUAGCCAAAUCGCUCGACGUGCCUAUUAAACUCAUGUUCCCCCGACCUCCGCCAGCCGACGACCCCACCGCGCCUGUCUCUCACGCUAUGCUCGGCCUCGGCGACGUCGUCUUGCCCGGCAUCAUGAUUGGUCUCGCCCUACGCUUCGAUCUAUACCUCUUCUACCUUCGCCAACAGAAACGUAUACCUGCCGUCAAAUCGGGCGAGGCAGACACUAUUGAAAAGCCAAAGUACCAUUCCUUAGCGGGACGAUGGACCGACCACUUUUGGACGCACUCACUUACAGGAAGGCCUCUUUGGGUAGGCGCAAAGGCACAAGGAAGCGAACGCGAAGCUCCCUUUACCUUCCCAAAGACGUACUUCAAAGCUGCCCUAGUAGGCUACGUAUUGGGCUUACUGGCUACACUGGGUGUCAUGAUGGUCUGGAAUCACGCGCAACCAGCACUACUGUACCUAGUUCCAGGCGUACUUGGCAGCCUCUGGCUGACUGCUCUCGUUCGCGGAGAGAUCAGCCUAAUGUGGGACUAUACUGAGGAGAUCGAGGACGAAACCAAAGACGACAAAGUUGGACAAGAGCAGGCGCCAAAUGCAGACGGCAAGUUAUCCGACGACACGAUCAAACGACCUAAGCCUCAGAGGAAUAGCUCAUCUACUACAGACGCUUCUUCCAAGAGUGAAUCAGAAGAUAAGCAGGCAGUAGACGUCAAGCGUAUAGCGGGUAUCAGAUCCGACCGCCAAGUCUUCUCCUUGUCCAUUGAGGCACCUUGGCAGCUGAAGAAGCCACUGUCAGUCCAAACAGAGCGUGAGACAACGGCCAAGGCAACAGCAGAUGGUGAGAAGCAGGACAAGGACGAGCAGCACAACUGGGCGCCGUCAAAGGCUAUUCCCAGUCAAGACAAAGGUGCGGAACCAGCCGGCAAACGUGUAAGACUCAAGUGAUAGACUUACGUAUGCGAUAAUCCUGUCCCAUGGUACGCAUGUGCUCAUCAUCUUUGGGGCCCGUUAUCCGCUUCCGACACGUGGACGCAUGAACGUUCAUUCGGCCUCGCUUCCUCUUCCCCCCGCACAUCUGCUCCUUCAAAGGGACGCGUAUGUGCAUCAUCACGAUGAUGCAUCAUGUCCCCACCCAUCACACCUGUUCUAGUAUGCAUGCAUAGCGACGGCGUUGAACAGGUUACGACGAUUCCAAUAGUUUGCCUUCGUCUAAAAAAACUCCAUAGUGUUGCGAUAAAUGUCACGAGAGGUAGCACUGCCUCAUUCAA